UUCGCGCACACAAAAUCAUUAUCAUCAUGUCUUCCUCCAACGCGCUGACCACACCCUCCACCUGGGACGUUUCCAUCGUCGAGGGAUCAGGCCUGGAGAGUCUUGAAGACCUCUACAUUAUCUUGAAGGCAGUGUUCCCUCAACCUAAUGUUCAGUUUGAACGGAGGGAUGACCAAACAUACAGAGUACGGCUGCCGUAUUGUGUGAAGCUCACAUCGCUCCAGGCCAGGUUUGGGGAGUAUGCUGGGGCAGUGACAAUAAUCUCCGCUGCGGCAGACCUCACGUUGGCUCAAACCAGACGCCUGGCUGAGCUGCGCUCGAAGAUCAUCAAUAGUAAGAGAUAGUGAAAAACCAUCAAUUACUAUAGUACA